AUGGCAGAGGCAGGGUCUUCACAUGCUCAUAUGGACGAAGGUUUCACCCCUCCAUUAAAAAGUGGAAAGAAAUCUGCAAGUGAAAGUUUACAGAACGAAACGAAAGGGGAGAGUGAGAAGUCAUCGAGUGAUGAAAAGAAGUAUUCAUGCUCGAAAUGCAAAUUAGAGUUUCGUCGAACUUCAGAUUUGAGAAGACAUGAGAGAACACAUUUGCCCGUACUACCUAAUAUUUGUUCACAGUGUGGGAAAGGGUUUGCCCGUAAGGAUGCUUUGAAAAGACACUCCAAUACGUUGACCUGUAGGCGGAACAGAAGCAAAUUACUAAGCAUUGGAGGUGAUAUAAAUGAAAUAUUGGAGAGGGCGCAGCAAACGGGCAAUGGGACUUAG